AUGGAAACAGUUAUCAAUGAGACGCAGACUCGCCUCAACCUCUCCGACCUCGUUAUUUGGCGCAACUUUGGCCUUAACAUCUCCGCUCACGGCCAUCUCUUGCCCCUAUCUGUCUCCUCCACAACCGUAAACACUCCAAUUUCCUCCUCUCCGAAUCCCCAUGCCUCCGGCCCCACACAAUGUACCUGGCUCGAGGAAGAUACGCUCAGCAACGCCUUGAUUUGGAUAUUGGGCAAAAUCAUCAACUUCAUCACGAGCGGUGACGGAAUCUACCCAGGAGACUAUGAAAGCCCUCCAGGCCAGCGUCCAUGUUUUGGCACUACACAAGAGGACCUCCUGGAACGAUGGAAGCGACUUGAGUUCGAACUGAGUGCCUGGUAUGAUACCUUACCGGAUUCUUUCACCCCAUGUGGUCGCACACAACUAUGUCUAUUCAAUCUUGAGCAGACACACCACAGAGGCAACCCAACCCCUACAGAAAGCGUCGGAGAUGUAGAUACAAUCGACGCAAUUAUCUUCACCAUCCCCAUGUGUGCCGUCACUAUCCAGACCUACCACAUGGGCCGCAUCCUGCUUUUGAGCAAUAUGCCGCAGGAAUCCACGGCUAUUCGGUCAACCGUAACGGCAAGGCUGCGCCAUUAUCGCCAGAUCGCCGGGUUGGUGGUGCAUCAUGCGCGGGAGAUCUGUGGGAUUAGUCUGGCUGGAUUGCCGGAUGCGAUACUUUCGCAUACCGUGCAGCCAUUGUUCGUGGCGGGACAGUGCUUCGAGGGAGACGAGGAGAGGCGAUUAGUAGUUGAUCUGUUGCGACGUGUGGAGAGUGAUACUGGAUGGGCGACAGAGUAUCGGGUGAAGGAGUUGCAGAAGCAAUGGGCGGAUGGGGGUUUGCGGAUGGACACCGGUAUCAUCGGAUCUGUGGUAGUAAUGGACCAAUUCAAGCAGAAAUUCGGCUCCUUCUCAUCCAUCGUUCAUGGUCUAGUGGUCUCCUCCAUUCUGAUCCCCGCGGCAUUUUCGUCGUUCUUCGGAGGAAAGCUAGCCGACUGGAUCGGACGACCUAAGAGCAUCGCAAUCGGUGCCCUUAUCUUCGGCAUCGGAUGUGCCUUUGAAGCUGGUGCAGUGCAUCUGGCCAUGUUCAUCGUUGGCCGAGUCGUCGAGGGUCUCGGCGAGGGUCUAUACCUGGGGACCCUGGUAGUAUACAUCUGCGAAAUCUCCCCACCAAGCCAACGAGGCCCACUAACCACCGGCCCUCAACUCCUCGUGACAAUGGGCCUCGUAGUCGGCUUCUUCACCUGCUACGGCUGCGAGAAGAUGCCUUCAUCCAUGGCGUGGCGAACACCAUUUACCGUCCUGGCCUGCAUUUCCAUCGUCUUCAGUGUCGCUGCGCUCUUAUGGCUAAUUGAUUCUCCGCGAUGGCUCACGCUCCACAACCGCAUCGAUGACGCCACUCGCGCUUGGGAGUAUCUGCAAGUAAGCGAGGCCGAUCGCGAGGAACUCCUUGAAGAGGAAGAGGAAGUCGACGUUCAUGAAGAGGCGUUGACGCAUCCGCUGGCCCCGACGGGGAGUGUCCUUGCGCCGAAUACCCUCGAUCAGGUGGUUUCGCGACAUAGUCGUGUAUCUACCCGUCGGACGAAGGGUAAGGGGAUGGAGGAAGCCUCGCUGUUCGAUGCAUUCAAGCCAGAUGUGCGCAAUCGGACGCUCCUGGGCUUGUUUCUCAUGGGUAUGCAGCAGAUGGCUGGGAUUGAUGGGGUGUUAUACGUACGUUCCACCCUUCCUAUAUGCUAUCAUGAUCAUCAAUUAACAUGCAGAAGUACGCCCCCCAUGCUCUUCGAACAAGCCGGCAUGACCUCCUCCCAAGCCAGCUUCCUCGCCUCCGGCGUCUCCGGCCUCGUCAUCUUCGUGGUGACAAUCCCGGGCCUCAUCUACGCUGACUCCUGGAGCCGCCGCGCCAACGUCAUCCUCGGCGGUCUGGGGCUCACCAUCACCAUGUUCGUGAUCGGGUCGUUGUACGCUGCCGAUGCCGUGCACCAUUCCACCGGCGCAGGUCGCUGGGUCGUCAUCGUCGCGAUUUAUCUCUUCGCUGCUAUCUAUAGUGUCUCGUGGGGUGUGAGUUGUAAGGUCUACGCCGCGGAGAUCCAGCCCCAGCGGACGAGAGCGAGCGCGACGUGUCUGGCGCAUGGGAGUAACUGGGUGUCGAAUUUCUUUGUUGCGUUGAUUACGCCCGUCCUGCUGGCAAGGAGUAGUUGCGCGGCGUACUUUUUGUUUGGGGGCUGUACGGCGCUGACGAUUGUUGUUUGCGGGUUUUAUAUGCCCGAGACGAAGGGACGGUCGUUGGAGGAGGUGGAGAGGUGUUUUGUUAGGGGGAAGGAGGAUUCAUAG